AUGGUUGCUUUGGCACAAAGACAGCUGGUUGCCCUGGCACAAAGGCAGCUGGUUAUUUCAGUUUCAUCAAGACUGGGUGGUUGGAGGGCAAAGCUUAGUAUUGGUUUAGAGGAUGGUGAUGGUUGGUUGGGAGGAGAGGACAGGGCAGUUUUAUCCUUUCAACUCCUCCACUUCUUGGAGUUCUCCAAAUGUGCUUCCUUGCUGGUGCCUAACAAUUACUCUUUUGCAAGGGUCAAAAAUGACUAUCCCAUCCAAUAUGACUUGGCUGAAGAUUUGUUGUUGCCCUCAAAAACUUUGGCAGUACCACCUCCACCAGGUUUACGGCCAAAUGCCUCAUCACAACAAUCUGGACAUACAUCCUUACAUGAUGAUGACAUGCCAGGGUAUUGGCAAUCUCCUUACAUGUUUCAGCCACCUGUUGCACCGAAACCACCAUACCACUUUAGCCUGAGCCACCCUGGAUAUAUGUUGCCACCAAGUAUGCCACCACCACCAAGCAACUCCCACUUAAUUCACUUGCAAGCCUUCCACUUUGAUACUGCUAGUAAUCCAAAUCCAUAUACAGAACCCUCCACAACUGCCUUGAUUUUGCCAUCUGUCACCUUGACAGACACUCCAGAUGAGUUUGAUGCAGCAGAAUAUGAAGUACUUGGUGAAGUCCAAGCCACACAAGGUGCCAAUUGGCCUACUAUUGGUUGGCUCAGUUUUACUAUUGUUCACUUUAUGAUGAUUCUUUUUUUCUCAUUGUUUAUCUGUUUUGUUUGCUUACUGGAUUAA